UUCCGCUCCCAGCAUGCAGUGCGCCAGUUCACCGGAAGUGCGGCAACCGGCGGAAGUUUUUUUCCCCCGUGGGCUCCGAGGUCUAGGUAAAAAUGGCAAAAAGCUUGAGGAGCAAGUGGAAAAGGAAGAUGCGGGCAGAAAAGAGAAAGAAGAAUGCACCGAAGGAACUUAGUCGGCUAAAAAGCAUCCUGAAAAUAGAUGGGGAUGUUCUAAUGGAAGAGGUAAAAGAGAUCGCCACCGUGGUGGCACCUGGAAAAAUCCAAGAGAAAACAGACAAUGUGGACAAAGACCAAGAGGGUGAAUCAAAAAUGGAAGUGGAUAAUAAAAGAAACAAGAAGAGUCUUUUAGAUGAACAUGGACAAUACCCAGUUUGGAUGCAUCCAAGGCAAAGGAAGAAAUUAAAGGCAAAACGGGGAAAAGGGAAAAACAAAGUGAAGGCAGCAAAAGCAGCAAAGGGUUUGGCCUGGUAGUUUUAAAAGCCUUGAAAAAUAUCCCAUGGACUUGUUUUAUUCAGAAUAUGUACUUUGAAUGAAAAGAAUUUGUUUCCAUAUUUUGCCUUCAACUGAAACACAGAAUAUCUGUCUUCUGUACUUCAUUUGGUUUUUCGUUGUUGCAGUGUGUUUUUUUAGUUUGGUCAGAAACUUGUCUGACGGGGUCAGUGUCAGUGAUUUAGCUGAUACAGCAAUUUCCAGCAAAUGAACUGUGUAAUCAUGACAUAUUUGUGAACUUUUGGUAAAUAUAUCCAAUAAAUAAAACAACAUAGGCCAUUA